AUGAUCAUACUAGCACUCGCGGCGGUCGCAGUUCAUUGGAGCGAUCGAUCCUCCAACCCUCUCUUGAAUGCAAAAGGCUUCUUUGAGCUGUCUGAUCGGCGUAUCAAGAUUGCCUUCUUGGGUAAUGCUAGGCCAAUGCUGUCCGAUUGGUUUGGAAAGCAUCAAAACUCGCCAGUCUCAAUCUACAGUGAUACUGGAGUACUCAUGGUAUUGCCCGGAAGCAUGGCCAACGAGAUUCGGAACGACAAACGUUUCCAUCUGCGGCAGCAAGUUGAAAGAGUGAGUAAGGCCUUGUUUUCCAUCUACCACUCAGCUUCGCUAACGUUAAAGAAGAUGAUGCAUGGCCGCCUGCCUGGGUUCGAGGUCUUCCGAGACGACUACAACAACCACAUCGUCAAGACCGUCAUCAACAGAGAUCUCACGAAGCAACUAGGCAAGCGAACCUCACCACUCCACUUGUCGACGAAAUAUCAGUGGCCGUAUCGGAGUUGUUUGGAUCCAACUCAGUUAGUAGCUCGUACUUCGUCGCGAGUCUUUCUGGGAGCGGAGCUUUGCCACAACCCUGAAUGGCUAAAAGUAUCCAAGGAGUAUGCUGUACUAGCUUUCCUUGCGGCACAGGACCUCCGGCUCUGGUCUCCUUGGCUGAGACCUAUCGCAAGCUUGUUUCUCAGCAAGUGCCGUUUGAGUCGUGCAGCGAUACACAAGGCGAGAGCUACGAUUGAACCUGUCCUUGCGGAACGGUCGAAACUCGUAGCCAAAAACACUGGAGGAAAGGCGACAGUCUUCGACGAUGCUAUUGCUUGGAUCGAGUGUGCCGCAGGUACGGCGUCUUACGAUCCUCAAAUCGUCCAGCUGUCUCUUUCGGCUGUUGCCGUUCAUACGACCACCGAUCUGCUGUCCCAGGCGCUUGCGGACAUCGCGGCGCAUCCUGAGAUCAUAGCGCCGCUGAGGGAAGAAAUGAUUUCGAUUAUGAACCAAGACGGCGUCCUGCAAACAGCAUCGCUCGGACGAAUGGAGCUACUCGAUAGCUGCAUCAAGGAGAGUCAGCGUAUGAAGCCAUUGUCCAUCGCGUCGAUGGGUCGAAUAGCCACAGAGCGUGUGACUUUAUCGAAUGGUACCGUGAUCCCAAAAGGUCAGAGCAUACUGGUUGAUUCGAGUCGGAUGUGGGAUGCCAAAGUGCACCCGUCAUCACCAAAGACCUGGGAUGGAUAUCGCUUCCUCCGUAUGCGAGAAGACCCCAUGAAGCGCGACAUGGCUCCGCUUGUUUCGACGUCGCCAGAUCACAUCGCCUUCGGCUACGGGGUACACGCCUGUCCGGGCCGCUUCUUCGCAGCAAACGAGGUCAAGAUUGCGCUGAUCUACAUCUUGCUCAAGUACGAGCUGAGAUUUGAGGAAGGCCAGAUGCCGAGGGCAUUCGACCAUGGAUUUACCUGUGUCUCUGACCCGUCUCUGAAGCUAAGCGUCAGACGUCGGACAGAAGCGACUGUUUUGUAG